AUGGCGACUUUUCAAUUGCCUUUUGUUUUUCCUGCAAGAAACAUUUCUCUCAAGUGCAUGCAGGACACUGAUGAAUUCCUUUCUGAUCUGAAUUCAGUGGAACCCAAAGAAUAUGCUCAAAGAAUGUAUGACUCUUUCGGGAAGCUGGGAAGCAAUAUUUUUAAUGGAAAUGUGGACAGGCUGGGAUCUUCCAGUGAGUGUCUCCCCACCCACGCUCCAUCGGGGCGUUUCCAAGGGCAGUACUGCAAGCUUCACAUCCUGCAUGAUGGAGCUGACUACAGCGUGGGCGUGUGUGUCCCCAAUUCUUGUGCUGAAGAAGAUGUGACUGAGAUGUCUCGGCUGGAUAUUUUAAGAUUCAGAAAUGCUUCAUUUUUGGCUCCUUCUCUCCCUCUCUUUACAAUAAAUUCCUUCUCUUCAUCUGGUGGGGGUAUGGCCAGAUGUGCUUCUGGAUUAUUCCCCCUGGACAUGUUUGUUGCCAUGUGUCUGUUCCUCACCUUGCUGGGCCUCACCCUUCCUCUGGCUGGAACUGUCUACGUGGCAGCCACCGGGUGGAGGUCAGACCGCAAGGCAUCUCCCACACCUGGAGCGCAUCCGGCCACUUACGGGAGUCUGCCUUUGAGAGAGUGGGUGAGGAGUGAGCAAAGAAACAGAAUCCAGCGGACUGAUUGCCUUGCCCAUCCUUCACUGUCAGGAACCCCGAGCAGAGGGAAAAGAUUUCUAGGAGCCAUGGACUGUGCUCUGAAAUGCUUUUCUUGGCAGAAGAAUGUGCCAGCCCUCUGGACCACAAAGAUGCCGGGAAGCACGUGCUCUGCCCUGAACGGCCUCUGAGUAUUGAGCCUCCUCUGGAUCAUGUCUGGGCACACCGGUCAGAUGACCGCAUGGCUGUCUUUGGAUGUGGAAGAUAAUGUGCUUGAAUGGAAAGCCAGAGUGCUUAAAAAUCCAUUGUAUCUUUAUUCUCAGAGUGGCCCAUUCUAUCUUGGCGUUGACACAUUUUUCCUGAUCAGUGGCUGGUUAAGUGCAAGGUCCUUUUUAAAGAUGCAUCAGAAUUCAGACAAAGGAAUAACCCCUAAAGUCAUACUCAGAUACUUUCUCAGUCGCCUUACAAGGUUGCAGCCUCUUCACCUGUAUUCAGUGUGCUUUUUGGUUAGAUUGUUCUCCCUUGUGCCCUGGAGACCCGUCUGGGAAGUGCCCGAGUUCCACCUGGAGAACUGCCAGCAAGCGUGCUGGCCGAAUUUGCUGUUGCUAGAUAACUUCCUGUCGGUCCAGGAUGCGUGCAACGGCUGGACGUGGUAUCUUGCCAAUGACUUUCAGUUCCAUCUCAUGACCCCGGUGAUCCUCUUCAUCCACGGAAAAAAUCAACACGCCCUUGUCCUCCUCGGGGCCACGCUGUUCUUGGCAUCUUUCACCGCCUCUGCUCUGCUCACACUGGCUUAUAACCUUCCGGUGGCAGCUCCAUCAGAAGCAAGUGAAAAUGCAGAUGUGUUAUAUAUCUUGGAGUACUACACGAAGCCCUGCGGCCGAUUUGGGCCAUUCCUUGUGGGCCUCUUUCUGAGCAUUUUCAUGCACCAAAACCACGAGGCAAACAUUCUCAAAACCAAGGUGCAGGCUCUGCUGCGGUGGAUUUGCUCUCUGUCGACCCUGUCCCUAGUGGCUGCCCUGACAUACACGGUGGGUGACGCGUCCGCCGCCUCUUCAGUUGCCACUGGUCACCGGCCCCUGUGGACGGCCCCUGUGGGCUGGGUAUUGUUCGCACGUCAGGAAGGCUACGGAAGUCUGGUGCACCGGCUGCUUUCCUGGGAUAUCUGGAGUUUCCUGGCCAGCUUGAGCUACGCUUGCUACUUGGUGCACCCCAUCCUCAUCAUCCUCUACAAUGGGCUUCAGGAGACGCUUAUUCACUACACCGACAUCAACAUGUUUUAUCUUUUUUCUGGACACUGUUUGCUGACCUUCAUCACUGGGCUGGCCCUGACGCUGUUCAUUGAGAAACCAUGUCAGGAACUGAAGCGGUGCCUGCUGGGAUCAGUGCCUGCAGGGCCGUGA